AUUUCAAAAUACAUUAAACUGGAACUACAGUCACGCUUUUAAAAAAUCAUCAAAAAUUCGAAUUUUUCCAAAAGUUUUCACCAAAUCAGUAAACUAGUAUAAAAAUCACCAGAUCUGGCAACACUGGAAGUACUUUUAAUCUUUUGAAUCUAGUAUUUGCGUUUAGUUUAAUAAUAAUGAGAGACCUGACAACACUUAGUGAUAAAGAAUUGGAAACUUUUUUCAAUUCUUUUGAUCAAGUUUUAACCGACGUUGAUGGAGUGUUGUGGAAUGUCCUUGAAACAAUUCCCGGCACCGAUUUGGGGAUUAAAUCCCUGAAAAAAAUCGGUAAACGAGUCACAGCAGUGUCAAACAACACGACAAAAUCCCUCCAAGUGUUCCACCAACAGUUUAAAUCCUCAGGGAUUGAUUUAGAUCUUGAUGAAAUCGUAACUCCGGCCCUUGUUAUGGUUUCAUAUCUCAAAUCACGAAAUUUCGACAAAGAAAUCUUUCUUUUAGGCAUGCCUUGUCUUGGAGAAAUGCUCGAAAAUGCCGGCUUUAAAGUGGCCAAAAACGAGUCAGGGCCCCCGAUUAAAACUCUUGGCGAAUUCGCCUCAGCGACAAGCUCCUCAAAUGAGAACAUCGGUGCUGUUAUAACCGACGUUGAUCUUAAUUUGAAUUAUUCAAAUUUGCAAAAAGCUGCGACGUUGUUGAAACGGCCCCAGGUGAUUUUUCUCAUGGGUGCGAUGGACGUCGAAGUGCCCAUUGGAUUGAACAGGACUAUAAUAGGGCCUGCGUGUUUUCAUCAAAUUUUGGAACGAAUAUCGGGGAGGAGAGGGUUGGAAAUGGCCAAACCGAGUCUGCAUUUGAAUGAUUUUAUCGUGAAAAAGUGUGGGAUUACCCAUCCAAGGAAGGUCUUAUUUAUUGGAGAUUCUGUUCCGAUAGAUAUGGGGUUUGCCAGCAAGUGUGGUUACAGAAAGUUGUUGGUUUUGAGUGGGUUAACGAAGAGAGAAGAGGUGGAGAAUUGGGUGUUUGAUGAAGAAUUAAAACCGGAUUUUUUUGUUGACAAUUUGAGGAUUUUGCAUGAUUUGAUUGUUAAGAUUUAUGGAAAAAAAUAAAAUUUAUCCAGAAAAAGCAUACAAAAUUAUUAAUCCGAACACUAUGGUUCGUCAUCGGCUUCGUAUUUUUUGGUUGGGAGGUCGUAAAUUAACAGAAAAUUAUUAUUUCCCUCAAAUACUGUUAUAAUAAUAAAAAGGUGUUCUAGGUUAAUUUACCACACCUUGGAAAGUUUAAAAGCAA